CAGCGUUAACUACCACCGCCGGGGACAAGACGAUAGAGGUUACUGGCCUGAGGCGGAAAGCAUGUGGACGGGAUGCAAUGACAUAGCUUAUGUCAGCUUCGGCAUAAUUUCCUCUUAAAAUCUACCGAGCGACCAUCGCCCAAAGCGUCGAAACCAAAACAAACAAAGACCACCGCCUGGUCAGAGCAUGCGAGCAUGGCUCCACUAUGGCUUGCAGUACUUGAGUAUUCUACUCUAUAUCCUGUUGAUGAUAUUAUUAUCCCACGGUAGCAGCAGCUCAUUCUUGCGAAACUUAAGCCUCCUACGGAUGAGUUCUCCGUGGUGGAGAUUCGAUGGCUGGCGGACUGGCUGGCGGACUGGCUGGCGGACUGGCUGGCAGACUGGAAUGUUUGGGUCCUUGAUAGAAUCAUUCCCCAUGGCUUCUCGGAGAUCUGCUGGGUCGCUUGUCCGCCGCAAAAAUGUGGAUGGAGAUGGGGAUCCGAUGUGGGUAUCGAUCCGUAGAUUGGAAUACUCGAGUACUUACUUUAUAUGAAUGAGUCUAUGAGAACUGCCAUCCUGUGGGCCGCGUAUGCACU